UGUAAUCAGUCCGCUCCGCGAGUCAGUUAAUUUCGGUUUACUGUUUUAGGUAUUCGGUUUUGCGAUUUCGGCUAUAACGGUUCUCUGACUCUCAGCCAAUUUGGUGGGUCAGUUUGCCCGCGGACCGUGCGACGAGUGCAUCCCCAAAACAAUGUCCGUCCGGAGUCUCUUUAUCGGAUCAUGCUGCCUUCUGGCACUACUUAUCCAUCCAGUCCAGCCGAAUCCCGUUGUUCCCCUGGUGGACGUGGCCACCGAGUUCAUCAUCCUGCACAACAAUGACAUGCAUGCCCGAUUCGAGCAGACGAGUGUGACUAGUGGCACCUGCUCCAAGGAGGAUGCCAACACGAACAAGUGCUACGGAGGAUUCGCCAGGGUGGCCUUUGAAGUUCGCAAGUUCCGCAAGGAGGCGCAGGAAGGUGGAACUCCAGUGUUCUACCUCAAUGCAGGUGAUACCUACACCGGAACAGCUUGGUUCACCGUCUACAAGGACAAGAUCGCCAGUGCCUUCCUCAACAAGCUGUCCCCCGAUGCGAUUUCGCUGGGCAACCACGAGUUCGAUCAGAACGUUGAAGGCUUGGUGCCCUUCCUCAAUGCCGUGGAAUUCCCCGUCCUGGCCUGUAAUCUGAACCUGACUGAAGUGCCCGAGAUGGCGUCCGCCAAACAGCUGGCCAACUCCACGAUACUGGAAGCAAAUGGGGUGAAGAUCGGCGUGAUUGGGUACCUAACUCCUGACACCAAGGUUCUUGCCUUCCGGAACAAUGUGGAAUACGAGGAGGAGAUCGUUUCCAUCAAUGCGGAAGCUGAGAGACUAAAAGCCCAGGGCAUCAAUAUCAUCGUCGCCCUGGGUCACUCUGGAUACCUAAAGGAUCAGGAGAUAGCCAAGAACUGUCCGGAGGUGGACAUCGUCAUUGGUGGCCACUCCCACACCUUCCUGGACGCCAGUCAACCGGUGGCCGACAUCACCGACUCGGAUCCAGAGGCGGUUCGAGGUCCUUAUCCCACCACAGUGGUGCAGCCGAGCGGCAAGAAAGUGCCAGUGGUGCAGGCAUAUGCUUACACAAAGUAUCUGGGAAAGAUCCAUGUUCAGUUCGAUGCCGCGGGCAAUCUGAUUGAGUUUGACGGAGCUCCCAUCCUGCUGAAUGCCUCGGUGACUCAAGAGCAGGAUCUCCUGGACUUGCUGGAUGAGUACCGCCCCAAAUUGGAGGAGCUGGAGAACACGAUCCUGGGCUACACCAAGGUCUACCUCGAGGGCGGCAAUAUCUGUCGGAUGAGGGAGUGCAACCUGGGCAACUUGGUGACCGAUGCCAUGAUCUAUUCCCGCGUGUUGGAGGACAAGGGUGGGGAGUUCUGGACGGAUGCAUCUAUCGCCUUUAUGCAGGGAGGAGGAAUCCGCGGCUCUGUCGAUAAGCAGGCGGAUGGAGUCAUCAAUGGAGCCACCCUCCUGGCCGUUCUUCCCUUUGAGAACAAUCUCUAUGUGACCAGGAUCACGGGCAAGACCCUUCUGGCUGCCCUGGAACACUCGGCGGAUGUGAGGCUGCAGGACUCGAAUGGGGGAUUCCUGCAGAUGUCCGGACUGCGUGUGGAGUACAACUACAACAACGCGCAGGGCAAGCGGGUGGUUUCCGCCCAAGCCCUGUGCUCGAACUGCUCCGUUCCCACGUACAAGGCCAUUGAUGAGGCGGUCCUGUACCAGGUGAUCGUGCCGCAGUUCCUGCUCGAGGGUGGCGAUGGAUACGACCUGACUGAGGAGUCGGAUCCGUACAGUGAGCGCAUGGUGCGGAACGACCUGAACGCCACCAUGGAGUACCUGAAGCAGCGCCACUUUGUCUACCCGGAGAUCGAGGAGCGGAUUGUGAUCCACGAGAAGACCGACAUCGGAUCGGCGUCCGGAUUCGUGGCUUCCUUAUCACUGCUGCUCCUCUCUGCCCUACUAACAAGAUUCUUUUAGAUUUGGUGUCGACAGAGGCAAUUGUAUUACAUAAAUUUAUAUUCUUCUAUUUCUUAUUUUUACCUCCGGGAAGUCCAGUUGCCCUUCAGUUUGAACCGAACUUCUGCACAUUUGAUUGUCUUAAAUAAUUAGCAAAUAAAUGUUGUGCAACGAGUAGUUUCAGUGUUUUUAUAUGUAUAAAUAUAUGUUAAGAAACAGCAAGUAAUAAUAUUAUUUCCUUCUAUCCCCGAUUGUUCUUAUUGCAGCGAUUUACUACCUUACUACCUGCAACAGAAAACUUUAAAAUAUUCAAAAAAUAAAGGCAUUCAAAAAUGCUCUUCAAAAA